UCCAGAACUCCGCGGACCGGGGACAUGAGCGGCCUCCACCGCCUUUAACGACUCGCACCGGUGCCGGUUUUUCUUGGGAUGUCCCGUUCGGCUGCCUCCGUCUGAGGUGGACUUUAGUCGUUUCCUUCAAAGGAGGUCAGCCGUGGCUUUUCCAACAUGGCGGCAGCGUCUUACGAUCAGCUGCUGAGGCAGGUGGAGGUUUUAAAGAUGGAGAAUUCCAACCUGAGGCAGGAGUUACAGGACAACUCCAACCACCUGACCAAGCUGGAGACAGAGGCGUCCAACAUGAAGGAAGUGCUGAAGCAUCUGCAGGGCACCAUAGAAGAAGAACCUGGCGAUGGGUCUGGAUCUCAGCUGGAGCUGAUCGAGCGACUGAAAGAGAUGAGCCUGGAAUCCUCAGGUUUUAAGGCCAGAUCCAGGCCUCCUUUCCCCCCAUCAUCCUCCUCCAGCUCAGCCUCCUCUGGCUCUGGAGCGUCAGGAGCAGCUGGAGGCCCGGCGACUACCUCGGCCUUCCCCAGGAGAGGGCUGCCGUCUGCGGGCAGAGACAGCCACGACCGCUGCCUGGAGGAGCUGGAGAAGGAGAGGUCCCUGUUAUUGGCGGAGCUGGAGAAGGAAGAGAAGGAGAAGGACUGGUACUAUGCUCAGCUGCAGAAUCUGACCAAGAGGAUCGACAGUCUACCGCUCACAGAGAAUUUCACGUUGCAGACGGACAUGAGUCGGCGUCAGCUUGAGUUUGAGGCUCGUCAGAUCCGUUCAGCGAUGGAGGAGCAGCUGGGCUCCUGCCAGGAGAUGGAGAGGAGAGCUCAGGCCCGUGUGGCUCGCAUCCAGCAGAUAGAAAAGGACAUCCUGAGACUGGGAGCCCGACUGCAGGUGGAGGGAUCUCAGGGGCCAAGUGAAAACAGUGGAUUGGCAGCAGCUCAGAGUGCCAGCAGCCGGUUGGACCACGAGCCUGUCAAUGAGACCAGCUACUCUGUGCCUCGACGAAUCACCAGCCACCUUGGAACCAAGGUAGAGAUGGUUUACAGUCUUCUGUCCAUGUUGGGGACGCAUGACAAAGACGACAUGUCGCGAACGCUCCUCGCCAUGUCAAGUUCGCAAGACUCAUGUAUUGCCAUGCGUCAGUCCGGCUGCCUCCCGCUUCUCAUUCAGCUGCUGCACGGAAAUGACAAGGACUCACUGUUGCUAGGUAACUCGCGUGGCAGCAAGGAGGCCCGAGCACGGGCGUCGGCGGCGCUCCACAACAUCGUUCACAGUCAGCCCGACGACAAGCGAGGGCGUGAGAUCAGAGUGCUCCAUCUGCUGGAGCAGGUGCGUCAUUACUGCGAGGCCUGCUGGAGCUGGCAGGAGAACCACGAGAGGAGUGUCGAGCAGGACGACAACCCUAUGCCAUCUCCAGUGGAACAUCAGAUCUGUCCAGCCGUCUGUGUCCUCAUGAAACUGUCUUUUGAUGAAGAACAUCGCCAUGCCAUGAACGAGCUUGGCGGUCUCCAGGCGGUGGCUGAGCUGCUGCAAGUCGACUGUGAGAUGUUCGGGCUGAGCAGUGACCAUUACAGUGUCACUCUGCGACGGUAUGCCGGCAUGGGGCUCACCAACCUCACCUUUGGAGAUGUGGCCAAUAAGGCCACGCUGUGCUCCAUGAAGGGCUGCAUGAGAGCGAUGGUGGCCCAGCUCAAGUCUGAGAGUGAAGACCUGCAGCAGGUGAUAGCAAGCGUUUUGAGGAACUUGUCUUGGCGUGCCGAUGUCAACAGUAAGAAGACGUUGCGUGAGGUUGGCAGUGUGCGAGCGCUGAUGGGCUGUGCCCUCGAGGUUCAGAAGGAGUCGACGUUGAAGUCCGUACUGAGCGCGCUCUGGAACCUGUCGGCACACUGUACUGAGAACAAGGCCGACAUCUGCGCUGUGGACGGGGCGCUGGCAUUCCUGGUGGGAACUCUGACUCACCGCAGCCACACCAACACGCUCGCCAUCAUCGAGAGUGGCGGAGGCAUCCUGCGCAAUGUGUCGAGCCUCAUCGCCACCAAUGAGACGCACAGACAGAUCCUCCGUGACCAUGGCUGCCUGCCAACACUGCUGCAGCACCUGAAAUCCCACAGUCUGACCAUCGUAUCCAAUGCCUGUGGCACACUCUGGAACCUGUCGGCGCGAGACGCCAAAGACCAGGAGACAUUAUGGGAGCUGAGUGCUGUGGGCAUGUUGCGUAACCUUAUCCACUCCCGCCACAAAAUGAUUGCCAUGGGCAGCGCUGCUGCCCUUCGCAACCUCAUGGCCAACCGCCCGGCACGCUACAAGGAUGCCAGUGUGGUGUCACCAGGCGCUGGCGCCCCGUCACUGCACGCCCGCAAACAGAAGGCGUUAUUCGAAGAGCUGGAUGCGCAGCAGCUGUCGGAGACAUUUGACAACAUUGACAACCUGAGCCCGAAGGCUGCACACAGGAAGGGGCGUGGCUGUAAUGGUGCUGGAGGAGGAGGAGGAGGUGCAACACGUCCAUAUGCCAACACACCAGUGCUGUCGAGCCCAAAGAACGGAGAUGUAUCGAAAAGGAUGGGGGAGGACACUGUGUACCCUCGGCCGGUGUUCCCGCCCAGUGUCCGAGCGUCCAGUGACAGCCUGAACAGUGUGACUAGUGCUGACGGCUAUGGGAACCGUGGAAAGACAAAACCGUCAGCAGAGCCGCUUUACUCCUCGGACGAGAGCGGUGCCAACAAGUGCUGUGUGUACAGGAAAUACCCGGCUGACCUGGCCCACAAAAUCCGCAGUGCUAACCACAUGGCGGAUGAUGACGGUGCAGAGCUAGACACACCUAUAAACUAUAGCCUCAAGUACUCUGAUGAACAAUUGAACUCUGGGAGACAGAGUCCAAAUCACCGCGGCGGCAUCGAGAGCGAUGAAGACGAGGGACAGGACACGAGGCUGAGGAGAAGGAAUGAUGGUAGCGAAUCAGCAACAGGCAGCAGCCGCAUGGCGUCCGUCUCACAGCCACGCUACGUUUCCGCAACAUCCAACUACAGUGGUGAAUCCACAACAGAGCAGCCGAUCGACUACAGUCUGAAGUAUGGUGCCGACGCCCCCCGCAAACCACUGUUCAAGUCUGAAGAUACCACGACUGCCUCUCCUGCGCCUACUCAGCCCACCACCACAAAUAAGCUCCGCCCGACUGCUCCUCCAACCAACCGUGGGGUUCCUAAAAGCAACCAGGAGUCGACACAGACGUACUGUGUGGAGGACACGCCCAUCUGUUUCUCUCGAGGCAGCUCGCUGUCGUCACUGUCGUCGUCGGAGGAAGAGGACGGCGACAUGAUUGGGAGAAAGAGGAGAGGCGGAAGCGUCAUCAGUGGAGUCGGUGGCAAUGACUAUCCGACCCUUCCUGUCAGCGAAAAAGAUGCUCUCGAGCAGCAACAGCAGCGGCAGCAGAAAGAAGCAGAGAGCCAGACCGCAGCGCCUCCUUCUACACGGGGCAGACGAAGUCAUCACCAUCACCACGGCCACGCCCACCACCACCACCACCACCAUAUGACAUCGUCUUCCUCCGGAGCAAGGACUCCUAAAAGCCCGCCAGAGCAGCCAUAUGCCCAGGAGACACCGCUGAUGUUUAGCCGCUGCACGUCUGUCAGCUCAUUGGACAGCUUCUCUACGUCCUCCAUCGCCAGCUCUGUACGCUCCAGUGAGCCAUGCAGCGGUGUCCCAAGUGGCGUGGUGAGUCCCAGUGACCUGCCUGACAGCCCGGGACAGACCAUGCCGCCAAGCCGGGCCAAGACACCUCCUCCACCCCCAUCGAUGCAGAAGACCAAGGAAGAGGAAGCGGCCAAGAAGGACGAGCAGGAGAGCAGUGCUGACGUCUUGUUGCACUUUGCCACCGAGAGCACGCCACACGGCUUCUCGAGAGCAUCGAGUCUGAGCUCGCUCAGCCUGGACGAGCCAUACAUCGUCGCAGAGAUGAAGAAAAAGGAGGAAGAGGAGGACAGGGACAAGGAGAAGAAAGAAGAGGAUUCAGCAAAACCCAUCCUCGACGAAUCAGAUGACGAUGAUGACAUUGAAAUCCUGGAGGCUUGCAUCAACAUGGCCAUGCCCAAGUCAUCACGGAAACCAAAGAAACAGCAACAAGCAGUGCCACGGAAACCUAGCCAGCUUCCAGUCUACAAGCUUCUCCCACCUCAAACCCGCACCCAAUCACAGCAGAGGAAGGAUGUACCACUGCUGCCGCCAGAGGAGGUUCCAAGAGUUUACUGUGUGGAGGGAACCCCCCUCAACUUUUCCACCGCUACCUCCCUCAGUGACCUCACCAUCGACUCUCCGCCCAAUGAGGAGGCACCAGAUGCCGUCAUACCUGUGGUGCCACCUGCAGCCACCCAGAGGAGGCGCACUGGAGCUCCAGAAGGCGAGAAUGGUGAUGACAUCCUCGCCGAGUGCAUCAGCGCCGCCAUGCCUAAAGCAAAACCCAGAAAACCAAUCAGAGGGGCAGCAAACAAUGACCACCUCCAAGCUCCUCCUCUCCCCCCUCCCCUUCCUCCUCCAGCCCCACCUCCUCUUGUCUCUCAGCAGCAGCAGCAGCAAAAGAAGAAGCCAACGUCACCUGUGAAACCGAUGCCCCAGCGGGCGGCUUAUAAUGUUGUCACUGCAGCAGCGACUAAAGCAAAACCAGGUUUUGCCUUCGACUCACCACGACACUACACCCCCAUCGAAGGAACGCCGUGUUGCUUCUCACGCAAUGAUUCGCUGAGCUCUCUUGACUUUGAUGAGGAAGACUGUGGAGGCAGUGUUGAGAAGGAUGGAGAGGAGAAGAAAGUAAAAGAAGAGGAAGGCAGGAAAAGGAAGCAGCAGACGGCUGCCGUUUUCCCACGAACGAAACCUGCGACCAAUCAGAUGACGACGGAUGAGAAGCAGAAGUUUGCCAUCGAGGACACGCCCGUCUGCUUUUCUAGGAACUCAUCGCUGAGCUCGCUGAGUGACAUCGACCAGGAAAACAACAACAAGGAGUUUGCUCCGCCUAUUCCUGAGCAACAAGACGGAGGAAAAACUGCAACAAAGUCUCCUCCCCCUUCACAGACAGCGGAUUCAAAACCACGCCCCCCCGCAGGUAGUGGCUACGCUCCCAAAGCCUUCCACGUGGAGGACACCCCCGUCUGCUUCUCAAGAAACUCAUCUCUGAGCUCACUCAGCAUCGACUCAGAGGAUGACCUCUUGCAGGAAUGCAUCAGCUCUGCCAUGCCCAAGAAGAAGAAGAAAGCUGCUGCCAUUGCCACCGCCACUGCGCCCGCCGCCGUCACCACUCCACUUCCUGUUCCCAAAGCUGCUGACAACACUCUGGCUGAGGAGGAGCCUCCAGAGGCACCAAGAAGCCCCACCUCUCCUGACUCUGAGUCAUUUGACUGGAAGGCAAUCCAAGAAGGUGCCAACUCUAUUGUGAGCAGCCUGAAUGCUGCUGCUGCUGCUGCCUCAUCACUGUCCCGGCAACCAUCAUCAGACUCAGACUCUGUUCUCUCCCUCAAGUCUGUAGGCUCACCUUUCCACCUGCCUAUUGCCAAAAACAAUGCAGAGGAAGAAGAAGAGGAGUUGGAGGAAAAGGAGGUAAAGCGAGGUGCAAGGAUCUUGAAGCCAGGCGAGCGCAGCACGCUGGAGGCGAAGAAGAAGGAGGAGGAAGAAGAGGCAAAGGCAUUAAAAGGUGGGAAGAAGGUUUACAGGAGUCUGAUUACAGGGAAGCCAAGGGCGGAGACUGCGGCCAGGGGACGGAGUAAACCUAGAGCAGCUGCUGCUGCCAAAGCUCCCGGCAGCAACGACGACAGAGGAGGUGGCUCGUCACGGGACUCCACACCAUCUCGUUCCUCUUCAGCAACCAAUCAGAAAGGAGGGAAGCUGUCACAGCUGCCACGCACAGCGUCUCCGGGAAGUGCAUCAUCAUCAUCGGCUUCCAGACCGGCCAAACAGAGUACGACACCUAGGAGUGGCGCUGGCGGCAUCCCGAGGAGCGAGUCGGCAUCGAGGGUCGGCAGCUCCUCUGCAGCAAAGAAGCAGAAGGCGGAGCCUGAGAAACCAACGCUUGUGCGACAGUCGACCUUCAUCAAAGAAGCACCGAGUCCGACACUGAAGAGAAAGCUCGAAGAGUCGGCAGCUGCUGCAGCAUUAGACUCGCCAUCCAGUCCUGACGCACCACUCCCUCCAAUGACUCGGAGACAUGACGUUAACCGCUCACACUCUGAGAGCCCCUCACGCCCACAGGAAGUUACAUCAUCACGAGUCAGCCGCACCGGCACCUGGAAGCGAGAAAACAGUGGAGCAGGAGGAGGAGGAGCUGGCGGUAAGCACUCAACGUCGUUGCCGCGUGUUGGGACGUGGAAGCGGACAGGAAGCUCAUCAUCAGUAUUGUCGGCAUCAUCGGAAUCCAGUGACAAGGGGAGGAGCGAGGAGGAGGGCGCCGUGAGGAUGAAGGGAACGUGGAGGAAGGCGAAGAGUAACGCAGACUUUUCAGCCGGACGCAACUUUGUUGACAAAUCAGAAGAUGUGUGGGUCCGUCUGGAGGACUGUCCUGUCAACAACCCGCGCUCCUCCUCUUCCUGUUCAGCUCGCUCCCCUACUGCUGCCAAUGCCCCGCCCAUCAUUGAUAGCCCUGCCCCUUCCAAAAUCCCAUCCUCCUCCUCUUCUUCCUCCUCCAAUCUCAACCUGCGCCACAGCUGCGAGAGUCUGGACGACAAGACACCUGAACGCCAACAGUCCCAACCACCACAACAACAACAACAACAACCGCCACCGCAGCAGCAGCGCGGUCAGCAGCGCAGUGGUGCCGUCGCGGCGAGGGUCAGCCCCUUCAACUACACGCCAAGUCCCAGGAAGAGCAGCAUGGAUGUCACCACCACCACGACCACAGCAGCUAGCACGACAUCAUCAUCGACCACACCCACACGACCCUCACUCAUCCCCACCCCCGUCACCAAAAAACGGGAGCCGAAGGGUGGAGAGGGCGGUGCUGGUGCAGGUGGUGGUGGUGGGGAGCGCGGCUCUUACAUCGUAACAUCAGUGUGAAGAAUCUGGACUAAAUUAAAAGCCCACACAGUGUAAAUAUGGAGAAAGAAAUGUGUAUAGGAAGUGAGUCUGUAUUUAAGUGCUAGCCCCGUCCCUCUCCUGUCAUUGGCUGUAUUCACUUGUCAAUCACGCUUCCUCAGCCAAUGAGAGGAAACUUUAAAACAAGAACUUUUUAUGUUUUUAUACCACUAAAUUACAUGUAGCGCUUAGCCCCACCCUCUCCGUUUGUGUCCCUGCAUGGCCCCGCCCAAACCCCUAAUGAUGACAGUUACCAUUGUGUAAUAAGAUGAUAACAGUUUGGUGAUGAUAUUUAACGAACGUGUCGAAUGUAAUGAGAGAAAUCACAUAAACAUUGAAAAUGUUUUUUAACCUUCCAAGUAAUUUUUUUUCACUCUAACACAAGGACUUAAUCUGAAAGUCUUGUUUGUCGCUGAAAACUACCCGCUCUGUGUUGCCUUGGAAAUGAAUAACACUGUAAAACAUAAGUUAUUGCUGUAAACCCGUUAAAAGCACAUGAUGAAACAAAAAAGAUUUUUGCCAAAAAAAACUUACGUUUGGUUUUCACUGUUUUAUUUUUCUCGAGGAAGAAAAAGGCAGAAGGUUUUGGUGAAAUGUUGAAACAAUAAAAUUCUUUAGGAGCAGA